UCAAGCAAUACAGUUGUGUGAGCGGCGUUCGCAAGACGCAGGUGUACUACCAUAUAUAAAAACAUAUGUACACACUUAAUAAUAAGCAUAUUAAAUGCUAAAAUAAAAAAAUUUAAAGUGUUUAUUUUUUUAAUAAAAAUUUGGUAUAAAUACAACGCGAAAGAAUGCUGAUACAAAGAAUUCGGGCAAUUUAAACGCAAAGCUAUUGAACUUGUUGGAAAUAUCAAAGUAAAUAAAUUUUUUGCAAUCAAAAGAAAAUAAUUUUUUUGGUUUUUUCUGAUAAAUGCGAUCGAGUGUUUUUGAAAACAGUUAAAUAAUAAAAAUACUAAUAACAAAAUAAAUACAAAAGACUUUCGUAUAUUUCAACCGUGAAAAACAUACAACAAAACUGGUAUAUCUGUCGUGCGCGAAACUACAUACGUACAUAUGUAUACAUCGUAGCUACUAAAAAGCCAGUUUGGAUAUCCGUGUAUAUGCAUCUUUGAGACGGUAGAAUUCACGCAAAUUGCACGUGAACAGCGAACCGAACAACCAAAUAAAAGGCCAAGAAGGAAAAGUGUCACAAAUUGUGAAAAACAAAAGAAAAAUUAAAUAGAGAGACAAAGACAUAAAUAAGAAACAAAAACAUUACGCCAAAGUGAAAGGCUGGCCGCUGCAACUCCAACUACUCCAGCUACUGCAACGCAAAGGAGGCGAACUCAGUCAAAAUGUGGUGCAUUGUCAAUCUGCCGAACGGCACACAAUUAGCGGUCAAAUGGGAUACGAAGGCAAUCGGACAGGAGUGUCUCGAAAAGGUCUGCAAGGCACUCGACAUCGUCUGCGAAAUGGAAUAUUUCGGACUCGAGUAUUGGACACCCAAUCAAGAGGAAUCGCGCACACGCCAAUGGAUCAAUCUGCGCAAUCGGCUGUCAUGUGACAACAGCAGCAGCAGCAUACAUCUAAUGCUAGCGCUGCGCGUCAAAUUCUGGGUGCCGGUGCACUGUUUGCUCCAAGAGAGUGUACGCAACAUUUUUUACAUGCAAGCGCGUUCCGAUUUGCUGGAGAAACGUCUGCAAGCGCAUGAUUGGAAUAAUGCGGCCAAAUUGUCAGCGCUACUCUGUCAAGCUGAUGGUAUCCGUUUCAAUCCUUUAUCGCUAAGAGCGAAAUGUCCCACACCUGUGCGCCGGGGUAGCGGUGGUGAUGGUGCUCAACAACAACUGUCGCACAAGGAGCGCAAGGACAAGGAACAUGUGUUGUCUUUUAAGAAGCGACGCCUGUCGAAACAAAAGUCCACAGAAAACAUUGAAAAUUCACAUCUGCCUACCAUUGUCACCGAUGAAGGUACGACAGCUUUGUCUGCGAAUAUGAAAUGUGGCGGCAACGUCGUCCACACAUCGUCACAAUCAGCCACAACAGCAUCAACGCAUUCCGCGUCCGAUGAUGACGUUGCGGAAGACAAAGUGUCAACAUCUCCGCUAAGUAUUUAUCAAAAUUAUAUUGUCUAUCCAAUAUGUGCCGAGGAUGGUGGGGACAUAGACAUGCCGGAAGAUUUCUACCAUUGCAUAGCGGUGGAGCAUGGCAAGUUGGCAACACUGAAAAUGACGCCGAAAUCGGCAAAGUAUUGGCUGUUAAAGCAAAUUCAGGAUCUCGAGGGUUACGGCGAGGAGGUGUUCAGUGGUGUUACGGCGCACGAGAAUUCAGCUCGUUGUGAUGUAGCUGUUGGCGCCAAUGCGAUCACGACUUGCGUGGGAGACGAAAAGAAUGUCAUCCCGUUCAGCGCAAUCGCUUCAGCCAAGUCAUUCCGUCGCACCUUCAAGCUGGAAUAUGUCGGCGAUUGCAAUGAUCGUCGCGAACUCGAAAUCAAGUUGCCAAAACAUGCCAUGGCUGCUGGCCUUUACCGCUCCAUAACUGAGCGACAUGCCUUCUAUGUCUGUGAUAAGGUACGCGGUGUGGUCACCAAUCAAUUUACACGCGAUCUCAAAGGCACAAUCGCCUCGAUGUUUAAAGAGGACACCGAAUUGGGGAAACGUUACGUUUUCGAUAUUCAACGCACUUGUCGCGAAGUGCACGAUCAGGCGCGUCGUAUACUGCACGAAAAGGGUAUCGAAGCGUUAAAUAGCAGCGCUGUGGGAAAUGAAGAUCUCUACGAAAGUAUGCUCAACGGUGGCAAGCAGCCACUGAGUGCGAGUAGGCAGGAGCAGCGACUUAGCGAGAAAGAAUUGGAUUUCGAUGAUAUCUGUGCGGUCACGGAUAAAUUAGAUUUGGCGCUGCGUGAAAAGGAGAAACGCGAUGCGGCUAUUGCACGUUGUGUGGAAGCGCGUGUUUCGGAAGCGAUGACCUGUAAAAUCUGCAUGGAUCGUGAAAUCAAUACGAUGUUCAAUCCCUGCUCGCAUGUAACCACCUGUGCAGAAUGUGCUGCGAGAUGCAUCCACUGUCCAAACUGCCGUGUAAAAGUUACAAGUACAACGCGUAUUUAUCUCCCACCUGAGUUGCGAAUAAACUCAAUGUCGACACCAUCCGCCACCACAAGUUGUGUCGCUACUCAUUAGUAUGAGAAAAUUGCAUUUUUUGCUCGCCGAAUUAGAAUAGGUACUAUAGAAUGAGAGUCUCCUGCACUAAGCAAGAAGUGGCUUAGCUCAAAGCUCGAAAUUGUGCUAAACGCGUCGAAGGCGAGUUUUAACGCAUAUGCGAUAAUUGCAUAAAUUUACUUAUAUUGACGUCAUAAAAAGCCAGAAAUAUGUAUGUGUAAACCUAAAGUAAUUAUUGAAUCCCUUUUUAUUCUAGUUUCGGUUACUAUUAAAUUAAAAAUAGAUUUAUGUAAAUAGUUGUACGAUAAGUAAUUAAGACUUCAAACUAAUUUAAGUUACUUUGAUGCAAAUGCAUUGAAUAUAUAUGCGAAACAAGUAUUUUUUAAUCAGCUGUUAACUAACUGUGCACUUAAAAGCCGUUAACUAAAGAAAGUAUUCCAACCAGAAUGUAACAGUAAUUUUUAUACUAUAAACUAUACCGAAUUUUUGCAAUAUUUGCACAUUUUAAUUUAUAACUGCAAUCACUUGCAAAGGCCAUUUUGUCCAUUUGUCCAACAGCAAUUUGGCUACUGACUAUGCAUUUUUAAUAUAGAAAUUUGCUAUUCAAAAUGUAAUAAACUUUUUCGACCGUAAAAUAAAUUUUAUAUUUUGCUAUACAUUUAAAAAAAAUCCAAUUUCCAAA